CACUCUUUCUCCGUUCUCUUCCCGCCCCGCGACUGGAACGACUCCGUUUUACACCCGACCUAAACCACUCAUCGGCAAUAUUUGUCUUUACAAUUUUCUCUGAAUCAUAGCGGAACGGUGGAGCCGAAGGAAGAAGAAGUUCAGAAGCACGUUCGAAUAUGUUCUCAAUUGCUGCCAUCAAUGAUACGGACUCUAUAGGCCAGUGGGAACCCUUAGCUCCUACCAAAGAAGCCCAGGAAUUUCAUGUUUCACAAACGUAUCAUGAAGGGCUUCUCAAGUUACAAGCUAAAGAGUAUGAAAAAGCGCGCGAGCUCUUAGAAUCUGUCCUAAGAGAUCCUCUUAUCUCGAGCGCCCAGGUGGAUAGCAGUGCCAGCGAUGGCCAUCUAUUGCAACUCAGAUUUUUGUCACUGAAGAACCUUGCCACUGUUUUUCUUCAACAAGGUUCUGCACAUUAUGAGAGUGCUUUACAAUGUUAUCUUCAAGCUGUAGAGAUUGAUACCAAAGAUUCUGUUGUCUGGAACCAGCUGGCAACAUUGUCAUGCUCGAUGGGCUUACUGAGUAUAUCACGCUGGGGUUUUGAGCAAGGGCUUGUGUGUAGUCCUAAUAAUUGGAACUGCAUGGAGAAACUAUUGGAAGUUCUUAUUGCUAUUGGUGAUGAGGUGGCAUGUCUUUCUGUGGCAGAGUUGAUUUUGAGGCAAUGGCCAUCACACUCUCGUGCUUUACAUGUCAAAAAUACCAUUUUACAGUCAGAGCCAGUUCCAUUUGCUCCGAAAGGUAUAGAUAAGCUGGAACCUAAACAUGUGCGGCUCAAAUUCCUUGACAAGAGAAAAGCAACCAAUGAGAAUUUAGAUGAAAGUGUUGCAUUGAAAAAGUUGAACCAGAACAUAGAACUGAACUUGGCAGAAGCUUCCUGGGUGGCUCUUGUUGAUGCACUAUUGGAGAUCUUACUUCCAUUGCAUGGAAGUGGUUCUGAGAUGAGGGCUGAGAAAGGAUAUAGAUCCGGGGAUCUCAGAUUAAGUAUACACUUACCUUCUAGUUCUGAAAAUGUUACGAGGACUGUGGAAAGGAAAGUGAUUGAUUUAAACUUGAUGAGUGAAAAUGUGCCUCUUGGUGAUUGUGACUCCGAAAGAGCUAGUAUAGUUAAAGAAAAAGAAGCAAAUAUUCUAGAAGAACAACCACAUGAGAGACGGAGUUCUCGUCUUGAAAGGCUUAGGAGUCGUAAACCAAGGAAAGAAGAAUUAGAUCCUGGUACCAGCAAGGAUUUGGCCAAGGUUGUAAAUCAAUAUCUAGAAUGUUUUAUCGUUAGUGGAACAGGAAUAAGUACUGUUCGUGCUACUACUUAUUCCAAUCCAUUGGAUACUGAAUAUAGUGAUGUUUCUAGAUUUGUGGCAGAAACUUCAAAAAAUUAUGGUGCUUACCAUAUGGGCCACUUGCUUUUAGAAGAGGCAGCAAAAAGGGUUCUUGUCUAUCAGGAUGUAUUUGUCAAAUUGCUGGAGUUGGAGAAGUUGACCAGACAUUGGGGUAAGGAUAGGACUCCUGAAUGCAGUCUUUUUCUUGCUGAGCUUUAUUAUGACCUUGGCUCAUCCUUUUCCAGUGCUUCCAGACUUUUGGAAUUCAUGUCAGAGUCAUCUUAUCAUCUUUGUAAGAUCAUUGAAUCAGUAGCUUCGGACUAUCCUUUUCACUUGAGUUGCACCUUGGAAAAUGAAAAUUGUUCUUCAAUUCAUAGUGUUCAAGAUAUUAUUGGAGUGUCAACCAACAACUCCAUGAACAGGGAUUCAUUUUUAGAUAGUUCACUCUUAACCAAUAACAGUUCCUUCUGGGUUCGAUUUUUCUGGUUAAGCGGCCGAUUGUCUAUUUUAGAUGGUAACAAGGAAAAAGCUCAAGAAGAAUUUUGCAUUUCCUUGUCACUUUUGGUAAAGGCGGAAAAUAUGACUGAUUGUCCAUGUGUAGUCAAGCUCCCCCACUGCAAGGUUAUUAAUGAGUUAACCAUUGAUAGGCUUCUUCAUGAAAUUAAUAUUUUAAAAGUUGAUUUCUUAAUGGAGAAGACUUUGGGUGACAUGAUUGAGAAAGAGAUGUAUAUGGAGUGCGCUGCCUUGCUUGCUCCACUUCUAUUCUCUACAAAAGAUGUUCACCUUGAUGCAUUGCCAUCAGCCAUUGCUGAUACAAAAGGUGAAGGUAUUAAUUCUCUUGAACUAUCAGCAUUAGACAUUUUAAUCAAAGCUUGUGAGAAGAUAAACUCAAUAGACGUUGAGUUGUAUUUGAGUUGUCACAGGCGAAAGCUGCAAAUACUCAUGGUAGCAACUGGAAUGGGUGAAGGUCUGGCUUCAUGUAAACCCUUCCAUCAGAAGUCAGGGUCAAAAGAACUUUCUGGUUCUGAUAUAGAAUUAAAAGAAAGUUCAAGCAAGCACUGGAAUUGCUUGGUUGCAGAGGAAGUGAAGGCAAUCUCUGAAUGUGUGUCACAAGUGAAGAGCAUCAUUGAUCAGUCUGAAAAUUCUAAUGGCAUUAUUGUCCCAGUGAGCUGCAUUGGGGAUAUUCAAUCUUUGCUGUUGGCAGCCAUGUGUAAACAAUCUUCUGGACUGGUAAAUGCUGAUCAAGCUGAAAGAUGCUGCUUUGUUAAUGCAGCUAUAGCAUUCUGCAAACUUCAACACCUAAACCCUACUUUAACUGUUAAAACUCAAGUGGAACUAAUUGUUAGAACACAUGACUUGCUUGCUGAGUAUGGGCUCUGCUGUGCUAGUGAAGGAAGCGAUGGGGAGGAAGGAACAUUUCUUAAAUUUGCAAUAAAGCAUCUCUUGGCCUUAGAUGUGAAACUUAAAUCCAGCUUCAAUACUUUAAACAGGGAAGCAACUCAAUGUCAUGAGCAGGUCUCCGAUAAUAGCCAUGCUAAAACGUAUCUAAAUGAAUCAAGAUCAGCUACGCUGGAUGUGGGAAUGGGUCAGACCCAAAGUGGUGAAACCAAUAUCAUGGAUACAGCUGAAGGGAUAACUUCCAAGGACAUUUCAUCUCAUAAUGCCCUAGAUAAAGAGAGUGCAGGGGUAGAAUAUGGAAAUCAAGGCAGUGAUGGGUCUGAUGGCCAGUUAAACAAAGGUAAAAAUGCAAGCAAUGAAUUGAUUGAAUGUGGAAAUGAACUUACUGAAGAUGAAAGGGAGGAACUUGAGUUAAAAAUUGAUAAUGCAUUGGAUCAGUGUUUCUUCUGCUUAUAUGGUCUAAAUCUUAGAUCUGAUUCCUCCUACGAAGAUGAUCUAGUUACCCACAAAAAUACUAGCCGUGGAGAUUACCAGACCAAGGAUCAGUGUGCUGAUGUUUUUCAGUAUAUUCUCCCGUGUGCAAAGGCUUCUUCCAGAACUGGAUUGGUCAAACUUCGUAGGGUACUAAGAGCUAUACGGAAACACUUUCCACAUCCACCAGAAGAUGUUUUGGCUGGCAAUGCUAUAGAUAAAUUCUUGGAUGAUCCUGAUUUAUGUGAAGAUAAACUCUCAGAGGAGGCGGGGUCUGAUGGGUUUCUUGAAACCAUGAAGAAUAUAAUAUUACCUAAUGCAGGUAGUUUCAAACAGUAUAAGACAUCAUCAGUUGGGAGCCCUGAACCAUAUUUGGAAGUCUAUUGCAAUUUGUAUUAUCUCCUGGCUCAGUCUGAGGAAAUGAGUGCGACUGAUAAAUGGCCUGGCUUUGUACUAACAAGGGAAGGGGAGGAAUUUGUACAGCAAAAUUCAAACCUCUUCAAAUAUGAUUUAUUAUACAACCCUCUACGCUUUGAAAGUUGGCAACGUCUUGCAAAUUUUUAUGAUGAGGAGGUAGACUUGUUGCUAAAUGAUGGCAGUAAGCACAUUAAUGUAGUAGGAUGGAGGAAGAAUGCCAGUUUACCUCAGAGAGUUGAAACAAGCCGAAGGAGGAGUAGGCGAUGCUUACUAAUGAGUUUGGCUUUGGCAAAGACGUCAGAUCAGCAGUGUGAGAUGCAUGAAUUAUUAGCAUUGGUAUACUACGACAGCCUUCAGAAUGUGGUCCCAUUUUAUGAUCAGCGCUCUGGUGUACCUUUGAAGGAUGCAGCAUGGAUGAUGUUCUGUGAGAACUCUAUGAAACAUUUUAAGAAAGCCUUUGAACGUUCUUUCAGAAUAUUCCUUUAAUCAGUUGGUAAGGGAUGCUGUCAUGAAUAUCUUUGGUAAAAUGGGUUCUGAAACAUCACAUUCGCCAGUACAUAUGAAGGACAGCACACAAGCAAAUGCAGAUGAGGUUAAGCAUGAAAAAUCACUGAAAUUGGAGGAGGCAUGGUGCAUGCUUUACAAUGAUUGCCUUUCUGCCCUUGAAACUUGUGUUGAAGGGGAUCUUAAACAUUUUCACAAGGCCAGAUAUAUGCUAGCUCAGGGGCUGUAUAGAAGGGGUGAGAGUGGCGAUUUGGAGAGGGCAAAGGAUGAACUCUCUUUCUGCUUCAAAUCAUCUCGCUCAUCCUUUACGAUAAAUAUGUGGGAGAUUGAUAGCAUGGUAAAAAAAGGAAGGCGAAAAAGUCAAGGUUUUGCUGGGAGCAAAAAAGUCCUUGAAGUCAACUUACCAGAGAGUUCUCGAAAAUUUAUUACUUGCAUUCGGAAGUACAUGCUGUUCUAUUUGAAAUUGUUGGAAGAGACUGGAGACAUAUGUACCCUUGACCGAGCUUAUAUAUCUCUUCGGGCAGAUAAGAGGUUUUCAUUGUGCAUUGAAGAUCUUGUUCCGGUUGCACUUGGGAGGCACAUUAAAGCCUUAAUUUUAUCCACGCAUCAAGCUGAGGCUGUUGGCUCUGGUGCUGCAAGAAGUUCAGAGCAGGUUCUGGAGAAAUUGUUUGCUUUAUUCAUGGAACAGGGGAACUUAUGGCCAGAAAUAUGUGGUUUACCUGAGAUUAAGAGCAUAGAAAUAUCAGAGAGUAGCUUAUAUGGAUAUCUCCAUGAACAUAUCAUGUCAUUAGAGAGAAAUGGCAAGUUGGAAACUCUUGAAGCAAUAAAUGAGAAGAUUCGAAAGCGUUUUAAGAAUCCGAAGUUAUCAACUAGUAGCUGUGCCAAAGUUUGUCGGCAUGCUUCUGUUGCUUGGUGUCGAUCCCUUAUAAUAAGCUUGGCAUUGAUAACUCCAUUACCAUCUGAAUUUUCAAGUGAUAUUCCAGUCAUUAUCAAUCCAUCAGAUGCAUGGUUGGAAAACAGCCAUCUACUUUGUGUUGAUCUGCAGAUCAAUGAUUUAUGGAAUUCAGCAUUUGAAGACUCAACUAAAUUAAAAAAUCUUGAAACAAAAUGGCACCCGAUUUUGUCUAAAAUCAAGAAUAUAAUGAUUAAGAAGGCUUUAGAUGAAAAUUUGGAGACUGCCAACGCAUUGCUGAGAUCUUCUUACAAUUUCUAUCGGGAGAGCUCCUGUGUUAUGCUUCCAUCUGGCGUCAAUCUUUAUUUGGUCCCAUCUCAGUUAGCAGCAGGAACACAAUUUCAGCCUAGCAUGGAUGGGGUUGAAAUACUUGAUCUGAGCAUUCCAAGGAAGCUUCUCUUGUGGGCCUACACACUAUUGCACGGUCGUUGUGCAAACAUUGCAGUUGUUGUAAAGCAUUGUGAAGAAAAUGCGAAGUCAAAGAUGAAAAAAGGAGCUGGAACCUCAUCCACGCCCAUAAAUAUACCUAGUACCGCCACUAAUUCAGGUGCUGGGAAAGAUGGAGCACGCCAUGGUGGAGGCAGUGAUGUGGAGGCUGCUUCGGUGACCACGGUGGCAUCUCCUCUGUCAUUUGACGGUGAUAGCAGACACUCGGUGAGUCCACUACCAUCUUCUGGCGAGAAUCAAAAGGGUUUAUUUGCUUCCCCACAAAUGCAUCCCAGUAAAAACACUCUUGCUGAGCGGAGCAAUUGGAUGGGGCGUGAAGGAGGAGAUUCAGACAAAAGUUGACUUCUUCUCGGUCAACAGCGUCCAACUGAUUGUUGUAGAAUGUACAUCCAUGUGCAUAUUUUAGACUGGUAUAGUGUAAUCUGAAUCAAUUACGUUUUUUUUUUUUUUCCUAAGCUCUUUCAAUGAAUUAUAGUAAAAUACUACCAUAAACAUUAUCCUUAAUUGGAUCUUUUUCCUUCUAUCU